AUGCAGGCUCCUCAGCAAGGUGGCGCCCCAGCUCAGCAGGGCACCGGUGGUGAUGCUCUCGACAAGGGCGUCGAUGCCGUCCUCAAGAAGGCUGGCAAGGGACAAUCCGCCUCCACGGUCAGUCAUCAACAUCAUCUCCCCCUCUAUCGUGCUCCUCUGCGGCGGUGCAUUCCAUCUGGCCGAUGGGUUCGAGUGAUGCAGUGGCAGCCAGCCGUGUCACGGGCUAGUGAGCUCGCCGCCGGCCCGUCUCUGCGAUGACGUCGUCAGAAGACUACCGACGUCGUUCGUCGCACGAAUUCGAUCGGCAUCAAGACGGACCGGAAUCGUCAGCUCGUCAUCGGUGUACACCAUGGACGCAUCGUGGGACGUUGGAGCUUUUUUUAGGACAUGGUUACUGACAUAUCAUGACAUCAUAUCACGUCCGCACCGCUUGCAGACCGAGAAAAUCUCCGAUGGCGUCAGGUGAGUGAAAUUUGACCAUGUCCGCUUAAACCAAAAUAACAUGUGUCAACUCCGAUCUUUUAGAGUGGUUGGACUGACCUUAUUUCUCAUUGUUACCCAUUGCAGGACUGGCUUCAAGAAGUUGACGGUAAGACUCGAUCGCCAUUGAAUGGUCAAGCUGAUUUUUUUGGUCCAUUCGACCCGGACCAUCUGACCUGUCCACUGACCGAAUCUUAUUCAUUGGUGCCAUGUGGGACUCAUUCGAAUUCAAACAUCAUCGUACAGGGCAAGGUGGGUCGGCACAGCCACCUGGACAUUUCAGCGCAGAACACGGGCUGUAGACUAAGCAAAACUUUUUUUUCCCACCUCGCAGGAUGUUCCCGUCCAGGACAAGGUACGCUUCCACACCUCAGCUGUGGAGAGACAUCAUCGGACUAACCCACAUGCUUCACUUCCCGUUUAAUCCAGCCUAUGGCUUAA